UUUUUUUUUUUUUUUUUGAACACCAUUCGAAGACCAGUCUAUAGACGGCAUAAGAGGGUUUUGUAUCGUAUCAGAGGGGGUUUUUGCUUUCUUCAUUUUCUGAUUGAUAUCCGCGUAGGUCUCACGAUGAACCACCUCGUCCGUAAAACUUCCCUCGGUCACACCGCCGCGAGGUCCAUCGGAUACCUCCGGCAAUCUUCCGCCUCCUCUCCAUCUCCGAUUUACUCCACCGUCCGCCGGUUCACCUCUGCCGGCUAUCCAUCCAACAGCUUUCAGUUAACUCCACCGGUGAACUGGGGAGUACGGAUAGUACCGGAGAAGAAGGCCUUUGUGAUUGAGCGAUUCGGGAAAUUCGCCAAGACAUUACCGUCCGGGAUUCACUUCCUGAUUCCGUUUGUUGAUCGAAUCGCUUAUGUUCAUUCCCUCAAGGAAGAAGCGAUCCCCAUUCCUAAUCAGACUGCCAUUACUAAAGACAACGUCAGCAUACACAUCGAUGGCGUUCUCUAUGUCAAGAUAGUGGAUCCUAAGUUAGCUUCUUAUGGCGUUGAGAGUCCUAUCUACGCUGUUGUUCAGCUGGCUCAGACCACCAUGCGUAGUGAGCUUGGUAAGAUCACCCUUGAUAAGACCUUUGAGGAACGAGAUACUCUCAACGAGAAGAUUGUGGAAGCCAUCAAUGUUGCUGCAAGAGACUGGGGUCUUCAGUGUCUUCGUUACGAGAUAAGGGAUAUUAUGCCCCCUCAUGGAGUGAGGGUUGCUAUGGAGAUGCAAGCUGAAGCUGAACGUAAAAAGAGAGCCCAGAUUCUUGAGUCUGAAGGAGAAAGGCAAGCUCAUAUCAAUAUUGCUGAUGGUAAGAAAAGUUCUGUAAUCUUGGCAUCUGAAGCUGCAAAGAUGGACCAAGUGAAUCGAGCACAGGGUGAGGCUGAAGCAAUACUGGCUAGAGCACAAGCAACUGCUAGAGGCCUUGCCAUGUUAUCUCAGUCUCUCAAAGAAACUGGGGGAGUAGAGGCUGCGAGUUUGAGAGUUGCAGAGCAAUACAUUCAAGCGUUCAGUAACAUUGCCAAGGAGGGUACGACAAUGUUGCUACCAAGUACGGCUUCAAAUCCUGCUAGCAUGAUUGCUCAAGCUUUAACAAUGUACAAAAGCCUUGUGAACCAAGGUCCAAAGAGCGAUGAUCAAGAAACAUCAGCAGUGGAAGGUGACUGGGAAGACAUAGGUGAGAAAGAUAUAUCAGAAGGCUCUAAAAACCGAUCAGGCUCGACAUCAUUCGAAACAGAGAAACCAGGUCACACCGGUGAACCGGUAUUUUCUCUUCAGAGUCGCAACAAGGAGCCAUAGUAGCCCAGCUAAACCAAGAAUGAGAUAAUUGUAUGUGCCUGAGAGAACAGAAAAUCCAUCUUUUCCAGUUUUCAAAAAAAUGAGACUGUCUUCCCUGUUUGAGCGGUGGCAUAAAUAUCAUAUGCCAUUUGGCAAAUAGAAAACAUAUCUGAACAUCUAUUCUCUGAAAGUGUUUUUCCCAAAUGAUUUGGUCUGAACAUUUUCCCUACGAAA